GUGGUCCUCAUGCCUAAAUAAUUGCCCACCCCUGGGGUAUCGUACGGGAACAAUAGCACUGUCUUGUCUCUCAGAGGUGUUCUGAGCAUGAACAUACCAGCGAGUCUGAGAUGCCCAGAUACUAUGAUAUCUGAUGGGUGCCAUGUGGACUAGUUCUUUCAGAACAGUGUAGAAAUGUACCUGUUAGCACAUUUUUAAAUGGCAGCUUAGACACAGACCCAGAAGCUAGUCUCAGUAGGUCCUGGGAUCAUCCAUCCAUCCUUCUACAUAUUUUCUAAAAUAAGUCCCAGAAUUCUCAUUUAGAUAUGGCAAAAUAGAGUAAGCGAUUAGGUAUACUGUUCAGCAAGCCAUAGAAAGAGCUGAUCCCAACAGGCUCUGCCAGGAUUUACCUGUAGUCCUCAUGGCUUCCAAAUGGCUUCUUUGUAACUCUGUUCCUUUUUCCUCCACCAAUUCUUCCCUCUUAGUUCUGAGUACUUUGGGAGGCAUAGUGCUGCCUCCACUAAAGUUCUUUGCCAGGGAUGGCUUGAGACAAUACAAGAUCCAGCCCCUUCCAAGUGUGAUAGUAACCACUGAAACAACCCAGUGCUUGGACCUGGGGACCGUAAGUCUUCCUAUACCAGUGUAAAUAAGGAAGAGCUUCCUGGAUGAACAGGAGAAUGUCAGCAUCAAACUGCAGCAAGAGGGAGGAGAAUCAUGCAUAGGGAUGCCACACCUGCGUCAGUGAAACCUCUUACCCCAUAUCCUGUCUCUAGCAGAGUCUCCAAAAGCCAAAUUCUCUAGUGGAAGGCCUGAUCUUGCAAAAUAAUGCCCCUUACUGAUCUAUAUUGUCCCACCAGGGACCUUCAUUCCUGAUCCAUAGCUGGGUGAAGUGUGAGGAGGACCCUGUGGACUGGAACUUCUCCCUAUCAGCUAGGCACUGGUGAUAUGUCUGAGUCAUGGCAUGGAACGAAACCAGAGACAGAUGGAAAUAAACCAGGUCACCAGGGCUGGCUUUUGGCUGAUGAGUUCAAUAAGGGAAUGAGGGAGCAGCAUUUGCCUGGUAUCAGACUGCUGAGGACUUUGCAGGCCCUGCUGGCCCCAGGAGCUCAGCACUCACCUUGGCCUCACUGACCUACUCCCCUGUUCAUAUGGAGAGUAGCCCCUUGGGACAGGAGCAUGGGAUUCUCAACCUCUGACUCCUGAAGGAGAGAUCCAUUUCCCUUAAAUCCCAUGCCUGGCUUCUGAACCAGUCUUUGGGGAUGGUUGCCCCAACUAGGCCUUGAAGUGUGUGGUGGGGGGCUGCUUGCUGCCUGUGAUAGUUAAUGAUGAAGCUUGCAGAGAAGCUGGGGGGAAGGUAGGAGUGUCACACUGUCCCCAGUGAAGCAAAAAGCGGAGUUGAAAGCAACUGUCUCUCAUCUUUGAACAAUUUACAGUGAAAGGAAGAGCAUGAAUAGACAGAUGGAUUCUUUGAGGAUAUCCAUGUUUCUGGAAAUGCUGUCAUCCUCCGGAAAUCCAGGUUCCUCGGUGUGGAAUCUAAAAGGCCUAGGCCACUUAUUACUGUAGCAGGGAACUGGGCAGAGCCGCCCACCCCGAAAUUUGUCAGCUAUUAGGCUCUGUUCCUGGGAGCCAAACCCAGGAAAAUUACUUCCUGGCUACAGGCAAAGCUACUGAGCAGGGUACAAACAAAACACGCCCACCUACGCAUCAGCACACAAACCCACACCCAUCCAGACACACAGGUGCAUCACACAAAUACAGAGACACAUGAUCACAGGCACAAACACACACAUACAUUUGCCCUCGUACAAAAGAGAUGCACAGCUAGAAUCAUACAUGUCCCUAACCACUGAGGCAUACCACCCACCCAGACACAUAUGCACAGUGGCUUGUGUGCCCCUCCUCUAAACCCCUCCUUUCUCCCUCCGAUAAAUUAGUAUAAAGACAGUAACAGUGAGCCCUAGACCAAGCUUGCCCAUUUAAAGUUUAAUUUUUUCAAUGUGCCAAGCUGAGAGGCUCAUUGAUUCUAGGUUUAAUCAUUCAUUUCUUAUUUACAGUCUCCAGUGUGGAGGGUGUGUUUUUCUCUCCCCCUUCCCCCUACACACCCUGCUUCCAGGCUGCUGAAGCAGGACGCUCAGAGUUCAUCUCCUGUCUCUGGUCAAGGUCCCCUGUGCUACUGCUCACUGCCCUCCAGGGACUGGAGAGACUUCCCAAGUUGUUUGUGUUUGAAAGGUCAUGGGUGUUCUUGAGGAGGGAGCCGUUCCCAGACCUCACAUAUCUCAGCCGCUUACUAAAGCACUUUCCAAACAAUGGGCGGGUUGCAGAACUCAGUUUCACUGGCUUCACUCCAGAAUGGCCUCGCUUAUUCUGAACGUAAUGCCAGUCGAACGAAGAUCACAGUUUGGCCUUUCUAAGUCCUUAAAUCUUCUCACCCAGUGCUGAAAUGCAGCUGCUUCUGGGGUAGAACAUGGCUGCUGUUUUAACAGUCACAGCAAUACUACCCAAGAGUUUGGGAUGGGAAGUGAAGAUUCCUGUGUCUGGUUGAAACAGGAAAAAUACUGGCUACAAUACUGGGCUUCAAACCCAAGCUAUAGGCAAACUUCAAUAGCCAAAAUGGACCUCAGUUUUACAUCUCAUCUGAAAUGCACCAGGUUCAUUAUGAUUUGCAUUUACCAUCAUGAAACCUGAGAAUCAUGUAAACAACGGAGGGGAGGGACAGGAAGUACACUGGGCAAGAUUGUUAUGGAUAGCUGGAGAGUCUGACUCUCUUCAUCUCAGACCACUACCCAGCCCUUGCAUGGUACCACCAUCCCAGCCAAGCCAGGAAAAAAGCAUGCCACCAGGAAAUGCAUGCGCCUUUCAGAGAAAAGCAUGCAUUUCUCUGCAUGAUACAGAGAAAAGCAUGCGCCCCAUGAGUUCUGAACUGCUCUGAACAAAGAUUUGCUCACGUGCUGUGGAUUCUCCAGUUCAGCACAUUGAGGCUUUGGGGAGCUCUACGAUUCAGAGGAUCUUAGAGCCCUGGGUUCUAGAAUUUGGAGGGGCUCAGAACACUGGGUUCCAGCAUUUGGACUAUCUUGGAACUCCUUGGGUUCUAAGUCACUGGAGUUCUAGAACUUCAACAACAAUCCAGAACUUAGGUUACAGAAUUCAGAUAGUCCCAGUGUUCUGUGGGUUCUGGAAGUAGUAACUCUUCAGGACUCUUCUAUCUGAAUUGAAAACUGUGGGGGGCAGGGGCAACAGGCCUGUUCCUCAGCUGAUGUAAACCCCCAUCAUUUGAUGAAUCUAGGCAGGUUUACAGUACCUGAAGCUUCAGACCCAGCACACCAUUCAUGUCACUGGCAGUUAACACACGGCAGACAAUAAUCACUAGUUUUGCAGGCUCAAGGAUUUUGGUCCCCAGAGAACUUCCCCCACCCAGGAUCUGGAAUCUUUUAAAACCCAAGAUGCCCACAAAGCCAAGUGAAGUUUAAACAUGAAUCACACAGCCACAGCAGUCCAGCCGCUUACACAGGCCUCUGCAAUGGCUUUGGAAGCUUCAGCCACCCCCAGCUGGAACUCAGUGUCACUCUGCUCCUGAGUGGCCUGGUCAGCAUGGAACUGGGCUCUCUCUGUGUCUGGCUAAGCGGAAGAGCAUGGGAGGGUGUCAUGGGGCAUUUAAUCCCUCCCGCCCAGUAAGAGGCCGUCCAGCAGGGACGCCCCACUGCGGCCCCGCAUAAAUGCAAGUCAGGGGCUUUAAUCAGUAAUGUGUGUGUGUCUACCCCCAGCACCCUGGCUGCUCAGCCACAGAAGCUUUCCCCAGGGAGAUGACCCUGCCACCCUGAAUGAAGCAACAGACUGCUCACUCCUGGGAAAGCCAGUGUGGUACUGACUGCAGGAAUGAACAGCACCAGCUGACUGGUGUGGUGGGGGAGAGAAGCCCCCGCAUCUUAUUCUACCAGAGGCAGAUUGUAAGUGCUCUACACAGGGGAGCCACUUGCUUAGCUGCCCUCACUAUAUGCCCUUAGAGAAAAACAGAUGUGCCCAUAUGCUGAGCAGUCACUGAGAGCCGGCACACCUGCAACAGGCACCUGGAGAAGAGAUGGAGCACUGGGGAUAAAGCCGCAAGGCUGGUGAGAGAGCCUGGAGCCUUCUUCAUGCCCAGCGCCACUCAGGACAUGGUGUUUGUUGGUUCCCUUAAAACCCAGGGUCAGGGAUGGAGAGACAGGUCUGAGCCCCAGUGGCCUGUCUCCUCACCACGGGGUCCCUGGGCAGCUGGCCCACAUAGAGCACCCAGUCCUGAGCAGCUAUAUCCGAGCAGGCCUCCACAGGGCCCCCACUGACUCUGAGCUGAUCUAGCCUAGUGUGCUUUUGGGGAGAGAGGACUAAAAGUGGGGUCUCCCUUGCUACUGCGCUAUUUCAUGCCAGUGCUCUUGGCAGGCUCUUGUAUUCAUCUUCCAACCACUGCUAUUCCCACCUAUUACCAGCCCCUCUGUGACAGGCCCAGGGAGCAACAUGCCUCAGAAACACCCUCACCACCCCAGCCUGCUGUCUCUCUACGCCCUUUCCCCCUGCCCAUCACCACAGCAUCAGGUCAGCACAUGCCAGCAGCAGAUUACUCACUACCAACUACCUCUGUUCAACAGGGUGCCCCUAACCUGUCCUGUCCAUCACCAGCUCCAGUGGGCACCUUAUGGCCUCCUGGGGAAAAUCCCGGGAGAUGGGGGGAGAUGCCAGGUUCCCCGAGUCACACCCCGCAUCUGGAGAGAUGGAGAAAACUGAUCUCCAUGGCAGGGUUGGUGCAGGGAGAGGGAGACGCCUGGGUGCUGAACUUCUGUCUCUGCCCCAAAACUAACAAGCAGGGCCACUAUUCUGGAGCCAGACUCAGGAUUCACCCCAAAAACUCAAGAUCUACCCCACCACCCAGAGACGAGUUUCUGUCCCCAGUGAUGGUGCCGCAGAGACUGCUCUGGCUUUCUUAGCUUCUGCUCGGUGCCCACUAGCACCCGGAAGCCCUGGGGAGCCACAGGUGCCUGUCUGGAAUCCUUCCCUCCGGCGCAUACCUCCCUGGCUCCCCUCCAUCCCCCACCUCUGCAAACACACUAGGAUUAAGGCACUGUGUUGUCCCCGCACAGACCUGGGUCCCUCCCUAGUCCACCCACCUCAGGCUUCACAGUUCUCUCCCCCAGUAACCUCAUUCACUUGGCUGGGGUGAGCGGGUGGUAGGGAGCAGAGAACAAGAAGAGAGGGAGCAAAGGGGCCAUUUUGGGGGGAUGGCCAGGGAAAGGGGCAGAUGGGGCUAUGGAGAAGGAAGAGCUAGAGGAUAAGAGGAGGAAGGAAGGGAAGAAAAAGAGUAAUGGAGAGUGGAAGAAACAGAGAAAGUGGAGGACAAAGAAAUGCUAGAACGAAAGAGAAAGGAUAGGGAAGGAGAAAGAAACCAGGAGGCUGCUCCCAGCGCAAAACUACUCCAGUCCCUGCCUACCACAGAUAACAAGAGGACUCUGGCCUCAGGAAUCUCCCAGGUGGCGUCAGGAGAAAGCGAAUGCAGGGCCCUCCCAUUGCUUUCAGUGAAACCUAAAAUAACUCAUAGCCAAGCCUUAGGAAACUGGAACUUGUCUUGAAGCCAGCAACAGGGUUCGGCUUUGCUGUGGGCUGGUUCCAGUGCAGCACAAAUACCAGUAGUUAUUUAUCAAGGAGGAAGAGCCCUGCUGGGAGGUAGGCGGAUCCAGCUGUAGAGGCACCUGGAGACUGUAAGGCAAGAAGUGACAUCAUCAAAUGUAGAGGCAGGAUUGCUAACCUCCCACUGCAGGAGCUGAAGGGGCAGAGAGAAGGCAGGAAGCUUCUCCAUGGAGGCUUUGAAGAAGGACCCCGAGGAGCAAGGCGGUGGCAAAAGAGUGGAAGACAUUGUCUCUGAAUUUUUGGAGGCUGAAGAAGAGGCAGAAAAGCUUUGUUGUCACUACAAGGAGGGGAUCCAGGCUGUUCAGAUGAGCCUGGAGUCCCUCCGAAAGAAAGUCAUGGGGCAGUUCAAGGAGAUGCACAACAUCCUCUAUGCUGAGGAGCAGUCAGUGAUGGCCAAGAUUAGCCAAGAGGAAGAGCAGGUAGUUGGAGGUCUGGAGUACAGGCUGAAGAAGAUCACUGAGAGAGCAGCCAAUGUUUUGGAGAUAGUGGAUUACCUGGGCCAGGUGAGAGAGUGUGAUGAGCACCUUGCAGAUGUGGCAGGGAGCCAAGUAGACCAGUUCAAGGCAGAGCUGAAGGAGCACACGGAGGAACUGAGUCUCAGCAAGCCAGCAGGCCUUUGCAGCCCUCCUCUGAUGUAUGCCAUCUGCAGGAGGAUGCUGCGACAGGCUAUGCAGUCUGCAUUGGAGAGCCUCACCCUGGAUCCACACACAGCUCAUGCCCAUCUGGAUCUCUCUGAAGACUUGAAAGCAGUGAAGCUGGGACACCGCUCCCAGACCAUUCCCAAGGAUCCUCAGCGCUUCCAUCCCUGUCUGUAUGUACUCUGCUCCCAAGGCUUCUGCUCGGGCAGGCACUACUGGGAGGUGAGUGUUGGGAACAAAAGCAACUGGGUAGUUGAGGUAGCCAGCCACAGAGUCAACCGCCAGGCGACAGAAGAUCUGAUCCCGGAAAAUGGCUACUGGGCCCUUCGGAAACUGCCAGGUGACCAUUACUAUGCCCUUUUGUCACCCCCAGACCGCCUGACCCUUGACACCAGGCCCAGGAGGGUGGGCGUUUGCCUGGAUUAUGAGUGUGGCAGGGUUGGGUUUUAUGAUGCCCAUGGCAUGGCUAAGAUCUGCCUGCUCCAGGGCCACUUCCAGGGCAUGCUGUACCCUUUCCUGUGCCCUGGGUUGGUGCUGUCUGAACAGGACCAUGAACCUCUGCGGCUGUGUGACUGAAGCAAAGGGAGGCACGUCUGGAGACCCCUGCCCAACUGAGUCCCUUUUCUGCUCUUUGAGGAGCAAACAUGGGUCUGGGCAUGCAGCGAAUAAAACGCUUGACUAAAUGAAUGCAAACAGCAAUGCUCAGACUACAAGCGGCUCCUCACCUUAUCCCUCUGCAGCUCUUGGCGAAGAGAUGUUAUGCCGGGGGUUCAGUUCCCUGCACACUACAGGUCUGUCAUUCCUGCACUUGUGACUAAUACAAGUCUCUUCUCUCAGCCAUGGUGCCAAUUAAACUAACGCACCAGAGCAGUGGUGCUUAACUUUUUUCCCCUUUGUGGCAGGUGGACGGUGCUCAGAGCAUCCGCAGGGCGGAUCUGGCUGCACAGUGGGGAAGUGGGAUGGGCCCAAGCCCAAUACAGCCGUGUUGGGGAAGGAGGGGGUGUGGUCUGGUGUCAAGGGGAUUGAAAAUUUGGCAGUGGGGGAAAGGCAGCAGUAUGACUUGUCACUGCUCCCCUGCCACAAAAUUUCCCCAUCCACGAGGAGCCCCGUGGGCUGGAUGUCACAGCUCCACAGGCCACAUUUGGCCCGAGAGGUAGAGGUUGAGCACCUCUGCACCAAAGCUUUCUCUUUGGCCACAAUUCACCCAGGAGUGCCUAGGAGAUGGCUCUCAGGUUAACACUGCCUGUUCCCGCGACGCCUGAGCCAGGCAGGACUGAGUAUUACAGGUAUAAAUGAAGAGGAGGAACGAACCGAGUCCUGUGUGGCUGGUGGUUUCUAGGGGAAGAGGAUUGUCGUGGAAGAACUGUAUGUUUUGGGGGGGGAAAGAUUUUCCAAUGACGAUACCAUUUCAUGGGUAUGGAAACACACUGACUUGUUGGUGACUGUUUGGAGGGAAACAUUUUGUGACUCAGAUCUAACGGAGGCCACACAGAAACAGGUAUUUGGGGAGGGGGAGCAGAGGGGCUCUUCUACAGGGGGAGGAUGAGGGAAUCCUCAGAACACGCUGAACACUUUCUCAGAGCCGGGCAAGCGUCUUUUUGCACGCGCGGGAUUCAAGCUACAGCAGAAAGGUCGACGAGGGGGGCAGGGGGACCUCUCUAACCGAAACAACGAGCACUUGUUUGUAGGAGAAAUUGCCCACGGCCCAAUUGUGGGGGUUGGGAAGUGAGGCGAGCCUGGCUGAAAAGAGCAGGGCCGGCUUUGGGGUGUGAGGGCCCAAGCGAGUAGGUUUAUGGGGCGUCCGUCUCUCGUCCCUCCUGCCCACGCAGGCGGCCUCCUCGCUCCGUCCUCUGCCCGCGAGGUGCGUGGGUCGGCCUUGCCCCGCGACCCCGCAGGGCGCCGCCCUAGCUCGGCCCGGGGU